GGGUCCCGGGGGCGAUCCGGGGGGGAUCCCGGGGGUGGUUCUCGGGUUCGUCCCGCAGCGCUGGAGGCGGCGGCGAUUGUCCCUGCGCGGGCCCCGUGGCCGGUUGCCCCGGAGACCGGGGGGCUGCGCGGUGUCGAGUUUGCUUGUCCUGAGCGUGAACUCCAUUAGGCUGUGGAAUAGUAUCCUGGAGAAGAAGUGAAAACCCCUUUCACCUGUGACAUCAGAUGGAAUCACUUUGCAUUUAUAAAGCAAUCAUGCAUUGGCUGGGAGCUGGACUGGAUGAGGCCUAAGACAGCUUUUCCAUCUUUAACAUGGAUGAUUCUAGAUCUAGUUAAUUUUUAAAGCACGUGAAAACUUCACCGUUACUAGUUUGGUGGCAGCAACCUACUGUCUUCAGUCUCCCAAGUGUCUUCUCUCUGUUUUCUCUAGGCAAAGAGUGUGACGAUGCAGCCCUCCGUUGCAGCUGGUUUAUAAAGUUUGCCUUAAUGAAUACAGUUUUUGGCUCUAUUCCCAUCUUAUUCAGGCAUCCGUCCAUUUAUGGCCUGUCCAGGAUUACCAGUAGCCUGUACCUCAGCAAUGGUACGGCUGCCAAUAACAAGCUCCUGCUCUUCGCCAGCCAAAUCACUACUGUCAUCAAUGUGUCCGUGGAGGUGGUGAACACCUUCUAUCCAGACAUUCACUACAUGCACAUCCCUGUAACUGACACCCCCAUCUCUCGCCUCUACGAUUACUUCGAUCCCGUGGCAGAUAGGAUCCAUAGCGUGGACCUGCAGCAAGGCCGGACACUGCUACACUGCGCUGCAGGCAUCAGCAGGUCAGCUGCCCUGUGUCUGGCCUAUUUGAUGAAGUACCAUGCCAUGUCUCUGGUGAAUGCUCAUGCCUGGGUCAAGUCCUGCCGACCCAUCAUCAGACCUAACAAUGGGUUCUGGCAACAGCUUGUCCAGUAUGAGUAUAAACUCUUCGGCACCAAUACAGUCCGAAUGGUCAACUCUCCACUGGGCUUGAUUCCGGAUCUCUAUGAAAAUGAAGUAAGAAUAAUGAUAGCGUUUUGACUGUAACUAGCUUUACCACAUCUCGUGAAGGAGCCCAGAGAGACAACGAAGGAGCAGCUCAGCUUGAUCAAGUUUGGAACUUGGACAAUAAACUCUUCAGCCCAGUGAGGUUUGCUACGUCGCUCCCUGCUGAUAGAAGUAUAGGGGAUUAGUUGAGAUGAAUGGGGCCGUCUGAUUUUUACUAUAAAUAAAACCAAAUUUAAACUACA